UUGUCACUCUUGAAUUUUCUGUCACAACAAUGCAACACAUUGCAAUGUGUAGUGAGUUGAGACAUACAUAACAAUGCCGCAGAAGAACACAGUCACAAAAUAAACAGACUAACAUAUCACAGAAGGCAAGCGCCGCCACUCGCCACCCUCCACCACCGCAGCUACAACCUACAAGCCCCCGCAUGGCAUCAUUGACCGCCACCCAUCUUCGCCUAACCCCAGAUUACAUCGACACAGAAGUUCAAUCAAGAUAUCACAGAGAGCAUACCAAGCUUCACGGAUAGUCAUGGAGGUUUGAGGCUUUGUUUGCACGUUUGUAACCAGAAGGUACCAACCAAAAUGAGGAAUCUGAACAAGGUACCAACCAAAACUCUCUUGUUCUUCUUCUCAUCCACUACAACCUCCCACCUUCCUCACUCUUCCAACACCUUCCGUUUCAUUCCCACUUUCCAUCGACCCACCAGAAGCUUCUCCUCUCAUGUCCAUAACCGUUCAAUUCUGAUCCCUCCCGCGAAGACCCAUCUCUAUGCUUCAUUCUUCUGCACCCUCAUCCGCCUCUACUUGUCAUGUGGCAGGUUCGCCAUUGCCUCUGCUGCUUUCCUUCAUAUGAGGGGUCUCAGUCUUGUUCCUUCAUUGCCUUUGUGGAAUAGCCUCUUGCAUGAGUUCAAUGCCUCUGGUUUCGUGUCUCAGGUGAAAUUUCUCUACUCUGAGAUGGUUGAUUGUGGGGUUGUGCCUGAUGUUUUGAGUGUCAAUAUAUUGGUUCAUUCUUUAUGCAAACUGGGGGACUUGGAUUUGGCUUUAGGGUAUCUUAGGAACAAUGAUGUUGAUACUGUUAGCUAUAAUACUGUUAUUUGGGGAUUUUGUGAGCAAGGGUUGGCUGAUCAGGGUUUUGGUUUGUUGUCUGAAAUGGUUAAAAAGGGUAUUUGUGUUGAUUCAAUCACUUGCAAUGUACUAGUUAAGGGGUAUUGCCGAAUCGGAUUGGUUCAAUAUGCGGAGUGGGUCAUGCACAACUUGUUUGAUGGGGGCAUUGCACGAGAUGUUAUAGGUCUGAACACCUUGAUUGAUGGGUAUUGUGAAGCGGGGUUGAUGAGUCAAGCACUAGCUUUGAUGGAGAACAGUUGGAAGACUGGUGUCAAGCCGGAUAUUGUUAGUUAUAAUUCUUUGCUCAAAGGUUUUUGUAAAGCGGGUGAUCUUGUAAGGGCAGAGUCUCUUUUCGAUGAGAUUUUGGGCUUUCAGAGGGACGGAGAAUCUGGUCAGUUAAAAAACAAUGCUGUUGAUACCCGGGAUGAAUUAAGAAAUAUACGGCCAACACUUGCUACGUACACAACAUUGAUUUCUGCGUACGGUAAGCAUUGUGGUAUUGAAGAAUCCCGUUCUCUGUAUGAACAAAUGGUUAUGAGUGGAAUCAUGCCGGAUGUUGUUGCUUGUAAUUCUAUUCUUUAUGGACUUUGCAGGCAUGGAAAAUUAGCCGAGGCAGCAGUGUUGCUAAGAGAGAUGUCUGAAAUGGGUUUUGAUCCUAAUCACGUGUCGUACUCCACAAUUAUUAAUUCAUUGUUCAAAUCAGGGAGGGUACUGGAAGCUUUUAAUCUUCAAAGCCAAAUGGUUGUUCGGGGUAUUUCUUUUGAUCUUGUUAUGUGCACAACUAUGAUGGAUGGACUUUUCAAAGUUGGGAAGUCUAAAGAGGCUGAGGAAAUGUUCCAAAAUAUUCUAAAGCUCAAUCUUGUCCCAAACUGCGUCACGUAUUCAGCAUUGCUUGAUGGGUAUUGUAAGUUAGGAGACAUGGAACUUGCGGAGUCAGUGUUGCAACAAAUGGAGGAGGAACAUAUUCUUCCAAAUGUGAUUACUUUUACUUCUAUUAUAAAUGGGUAUUCCAAAAAAGGAAUGCUUAGUAGAGCAGUUGACAUGUUAAGGCAGAUGAACCAAAGGAAUAUUACACCAAAUAGUUUUGUUUAUGCAAUUUUAAUAGAUGGCUAUUUUAGGGCAGGUGAACAAGAAACUGCUGGUGAUUUCUAUAAAGAAAUGGAAUCACAUGGAUUGGAGGAAAACAACAUCACAUUUGAUGUCUUACUAAACAACUUGAAAAGAGUUGGAAGGAUGGAGGAAGCUCGGUCAUUAAUUAAAGAUAUGCACUCUAAGGGUAUUGAGCCAGAUGUUGUUAACUACUCUUCUCUAAUAGAUGGCUACUUUAAUGAAGGAAAUGAGUCAGCAGCCCUUUCAAUAGUCCAGGAAAUGACAGAGAAAAACACAAAGUUUGAUGUUGUUGCUUACAAUGCUUUGAUUAAGGGGUUUUUGAGGCUGGGGAAAUAUGAACCACAAUCUGUGUUUUCAAGAAUGGUAGAGUGGGGUUUGACUCCAGAUUGCGUUACAUAUAACACUAUGAUUAACACAUACUGCAUAAAAGGUAACACCGAAAAUGCUCUGGAUCUCUUGAAUGAGAUGAAGAACUAUGGGAUAAUGCCAAAUGCGGUCACUUAUAACAUCCUGAUUGGCAGGCUUUGUAAAACUGGUGCAAUUGAAAAAGCGAUGGAUGUUUUGCAUGAAAUGCUGGUUAUGGGGUUUGUACCUACACCAAUUACUCACAAGUUUCUGCUUAAGGCUUCUUCUAAGAGUAGGAGGGCAGAUGUAAUUUUGCAAAUUCACAAGAAGCUUGUAGCUAUGGGCCUCAAACUUGACCAGACUGUGUAUAACACUCUAAUCACUGUAUUGUGCAGGUUAGGAAUGACUAGAAGAGCAAAUGCAGUGCUCGCUGAAAUGGUGGCAAAAGGAAUUUUAGCUGACAUUGUUACUUAUAAUGCCCUGAUUCGUGGUUAUUGUACAGGCAGUCAUGUGCAGAAGGCAUUUAAUACUUAUUCACAGAUGCUGGAUGAUGGAAUAUCUCCAAAUGUUACUACUUACAAUACCCUUUUAGGUGGUUUUUCAACUGCUGGUUUGAUGAGAGAGGCAGAUAAAUUAGUUAGUGAGAUGAAAGAAAGAGGACUUACCCCGAAUGCCACCACUUAUAAUAUAUUGGUUUCUGGCCAUGGUAGAGUUGGAAAUAAACAGGAUUCUAUAAAACUUUAUUGUGAUAUGAUAAGAAAAGGUUUUGUACCCACUACAGGAACCUAUAAUGUGCUUAUCAAUGAUUAUGCUAAAGCAGGAAAGAUGCGCCAAGCUAGAGAACUUUUGAAUGAGAUGCUGACAAGAGGAAGAAUUCCUAAUUCUUCAACAUAUGACAUUCUAGUCUGUGGAUGGUGCAAAUUAUCCCAUCAGCCAGAGAUGGAUUGGGCACUUAAACGGUCAUAUCAGACUGAGGCAAAAAAUUUGCUUAGAGAAAUGUAUGAAAAAGGAUAUGUGCCAUCUGAAAGUACCCUCGUGUAUAUCAGUUCAAGUUUUUCCAUUCCAGGAAAAAAGGAUGAUGCUAAAAGGUGGUUGAAGAUAUUUACCCAAAAGAAUCCAUGACAAGUGGUCCGGUUAUAGGUUAUGAGAUGGUGUGAAACUGCAGCUACAACCAAUUCUCAAGCGCAGGUAAAAACGUCACCCAAGAAAUAUUGCCCCAGACCCAACAUUGCCAUCAUCAGGCCAAAUGAAACAUGUGAUUUUACAGUUACUAUGCAAGCUCAGCACACGGCACCACCUGAUAUGAAGCGUAAGAUAAAUUUCUCAUUCAAAGCACAGUUGUCCCCUUUGGUGCAAAAGAAGAUGACCUUACAUUCACAUCUGAUAUGUUUUCUAAAGAUAAUGGAAAAAUUGAUGAGAAGACACUAAAGGUAGUCCUUAUCAGCCCACCAUCUUCUCCAAUUUUGCUCGCAGUAAAUGGGGAUGUGAAGCUGGACCCCUCCAAUGAAAUUAAUGUGCAAAAAGAUAGGGCGCCGGGUGGAGUUGAAAAUAUACCUCCCCUCUUAGGGCUGGGGCAACCAUCAUGAAAUUGAAUGAGUAGAAGGCGAGAAGCGCGUGAGUAAUAAAGAAAAAUAUUUUCUUAAGAAAGAAUUGGAGGUGUUGAAGAAAAAAAUCAUCAAGACAAAAGGACUUCAGGCUGGCUUUCUAAUACUGUUUGUUUGGAUGGUUGCUCUCGUCAGUGUGGCGGUCGGAUACUAUGUUCAUCCAUAAGGGAGAAGAAAACUUGGUGUAUAGGAUAGCAGGCUUUCUGAAACCAAUGAUUUGUCGGUAUUGAAUAGAUAGAGGAUGGUUCAUUGUUUAUUAGGAUGGUUUUUGGUUUUACUCCAUAGGUAUUAAUAUAUAUGUGAUAUGGGAAGCUUAGUGAAAUGCAUGUAAAGUGAACUACGUCUGUCAAUAGAAACAAGCAGUCUUGUGAAUUCUGAUAUAUGUUGAGCCAAAAUCAUUGUCCUGUUCA